CAUGAUUCCAUCCGAAUAGUGUACAGCAAUUUAUAACGAGUAAGAGAGGGAAUCACAUUACUCUGUAUGAAUCAAAUUACAAUAGCAAUAUUUUCACACAGAAUCUACCUCAAGAACUGCCUGCCUCCAUCUUCGAUCCCUUUUCCUUCACUUUGCUAACAAUUCUUCUCUUGAUCCCAUCACCAUGCAGAAUUUUAUCAAAUUUUAUUUAACCUUCAUUUGCUUGCUUCUACUACUCCCUGCUCUUGCUUUAGGAGAAUGCACAUGUGAUGCAGGAGGAGGAGGAGAAGACAGAAAUAAAUCUGAGGCCUUGAAAUACAAAGCCGUAGCAAUUGCUUCUAUCCUUUUUGCUGGUGCAGUUGGAGUCUGUCUUCCAAUUCUUGUAAAAACUAUCCCUGCUCUUAGCCCUGAAAAGAAUAUUUUCUUCAUCAUCAAAGCUUUUGCAGCCGGUGUUAUAUUGUCGACAGGCUUUAUUCACGUGCUUCCUGAUGCUUUUGAUAGCUUGACAUCGCCAUGCCUUAGUGAAAAUCCUUGGGGUAACUUUCCCUUCACGGGGUUCGUGGCAAUGGUGUCGGCGAUUGGGACUUUAAUGGUGGAUUGUCUUGCAACUUCUUAUUUUACUAGGUUUCACCUCAUCAAGGCUCAAUCAGAGGAGAGUGGGGAUAAGGAGAAGGCAGCAGUAGAGGCUCAUGAGGGUCAUGUUCAUACUCAUGCAACUCAUGGCCAUUCUCAUGGCAUAGUGGAUAGUUCAGGUUCUGGUCCAUCUCAGCUUAUUCGCCAUCGGGUUAUUACACAGGUUUUGGAGUUGGGAAUUGUGGUGCACUCUGUGAUUAUAGGAGUUUCUUUAGGAGCUUCUGAAAGUCCCAAGACAAUAAGACCUCUAGUGGCUGCCCUAAGCUUUCACCAAUUUUUUGAGGGUAUGGGACUCGGUGGAUGCAUUACUCAGGCGAAAUUCAAGACCAGAUCUAUUGUGAUUAUGGCACUCUUCUUCUCUCUAACAACCCCAGUUGGCAUUGCAAUUGGCAUAGGCAUAGCAAAUGUCUAUAAUGAGAGCAGUCCUAAUGCUCUUAUUGUCGAAGGAAUUUUCAAUGCUGCAUCAGCUGGUAUCCUAAUCUACAUGGCACUUGUGGAUCUUCUGGCAGCUGAUUUUAUGCAUCCAAAAGUGCAAAGUAAUGGAGCACUUCAAUUUGGGGUUAAUGUUUCUCUUCUUCUAGGAGCUGGUUGUAUGUCUCUCGUUGCCAAAUGGGCUUGAAGCUUUAGCUAUCUAAAGUCCCUUUUCUCCUGCUUUUCCCUUGUUUUUUUUCCUUUAAAAUCUUGUACUGAUAUGAUUGACUUAACUUUGGCUCGAUGAAGAUAGAGAAAGUCCCUUUGCCCACCAAUUUCUUGGUGCUGUAAAUGUCAUCUCUCUUUCAUUCUUUUCAUUGUCUUGGAUUAAAAAUUUGGCCAAUUUUCAUAAUCGAAAGAGUUGUAUGUGGUUUUCAUUGUCUUGAAAA